AAUAUCUCGUCUGAAUCCAAGGUAGCACUUGAAUCAAUCACUGCUUCUCGGACUACUCUGAUACUUAAAGCUAGUUUCUCACAACACAUCAUGACUACCACAAACUAUGCUAUAUCCCUCGGAUCACGGGUCCUAGUGACCGGAGCCAACGGCUACAUUGCCUCCCAAGUCAUCAACGCUUUUCUCGCCAAAGGCUACAAGGUGCGAGGUACUGUGCGCUCAGAAAAGCCUUGGUUGGAUGAGUAUUUCCAGACCCAGUACGGUCCUGACAAGUUUGAAACCGUGAUUGUCCCCAAUCUCGCAGAUGAAGGAGCUUUGGAUGGGGUCGUGCAAGAUGUGGCUGGAAUCGUUCAUGUGGCUUCCGAUAUGUCCUAUCGACCCGACCCGAAUAUCGUGAUCUCCGGAGUGGUGGCACAAACAAUGAAUGUUUUAUCUAUUGCGGAGCGGACGUCUUCAAUAAAGCGAGUGGUUCUAUGCUCCUCUGUGACUGCUGCGUUCCCUGCAAUUGACGACGCAGUAGGUCUAGAAGACAAGACAGUGGAUCAGAAUACUUGGAACGAUGCUGCCGUAGCAGCUGCCUGGGAUCCAAACACACCAGCCGAACAGAAACCAGGUAUCGUGUAUACGGCAGCUAAAGUUGGCGCCGAACGGGGCGCGUGGAAGUGGUAUGAGGAGCACAAGCCGCAUUUUGUCCUGAAUACGGUGCUUCCUAAUAUUGAUUUUGGUAAAAUCCUACUCCCUGAACACCAGGGCUCUUCGAUGAGGCUCACGCGCAUGCUUCUGGACGGGAACGAUCUGGCCUAUGAUGUUAUGCCAGCACAGUGGUAUGUCGAUGUCGAGGAUACGGCACGCCUCCACGUUAUCGGGCUGCUGGACCCCAACGUCCAGGCGGAACGGCUGUUUGCUUGUGCGGCCCCGUUCAGAUGGGAUGACGCCGUGCAGAUUCUGCGGAAGCUUCAACCGCAUAACUCUGUAAUCCCUAAUGCUGUAAAGGAUAAAGUCAAAGAAAAAUUCCAGAUUGUGCCUUCGGGGCGGGCUGAGCAGUUACUGCGGGAAUUCUAUGGCCGGCCUGGCUGGACGCCGCUUGAAGAGUCCCUGAAGAGAGGACUUGAUAUUUGAUUAGGUUUCACAUAGCAUAGGAGCCAGAUACAUUCUAUGUCUGUGCCCGACAUACAAAACUACCCCUUUCCGCGCUACUUCUCCUCCUGCCCUCCAAUAGAC